GGCGGCCGCGGCCCUUGCACCCUGGGCUGUCCUCUGGCCGAGCCUGCGCGGGGCACUCCUCCGGCGCCUCCUCGGGCGGCGGCCACCUGGCAGAUGGUGGGUCCGGAGGAUGCCGGAGCCUGCUCAGGAAGGAACGCCAAGUUGCUCCCGGUGUCGGCGCCGGAGGCCGUGGGCCAAGACGGGAAGAUGAUCCCGGCCACCGGCGGCUUUGGCGGAGGUGUCGGCGCUGUGGAGCCGCCGGAGGAGGCUGAAGAGGAGGAGGAGACGACGUCUGGGCAGCUCCUCCAGUGUUACCUCUUGGCGGCCGGGGGACCACUGGAGCCAGGGCUCUGUUACUGUCCCCUUCCCGGUGGCCAGGCUGGCGCCCCGCCACCCUCAGCAGCCUGGUUGCCGGGCGCGGGCGCCAAGCCCCGCGGUACGGAGGAGGCGGAUGCCCGCGCGCCGCGACACGGAGGCAUGACCAACGGGGACUCGGGCUUUCUGUUGGGCCAGGGCUGUCAUGAUGUGGAGGAGGAGCGCGGGCUGGCUCGCGUCGGAGACUCGGACUCGCCUCGCCGCCGCUCCUGCGGCCGCCUCCGCCUGGAGGGGCCUGGCGACCUGGGCGCGGACGGCGCGGGCAGCCCGUCCGACUGGGCCGCGCCGCUCGAGGACCCGCUGCGGAGCUGCUGCUUGGCGGCGGCCGACACCAAGGAACCCGAGGGCGCGGCCCCCGCCGCCCCGGCUGGGAGGACUAGUGGGAGCGCGGGCGCGGAGCCGAGCCCUGGGGUCCCCGACGUUCCCUUGAACUCUCGGAACACGUUCGAGGUGAGUCGCCUUCAGAGCGCCGGCGACCACCUGCCCUUCGCGGCGCACCCAGCGCCUUCGCCCGCCGCGGAGCAGGGCCCGGGGAUCUCGGCCCGGGCUCGACGGAGCGGCUUCGCGGACUUCUUCGCCAGAAAUCUUUUUCCAAAAAGAACAAAGGAACUCAAAUCAGUUGUUCAUAGUGCUCCUGGCUGGAAAUUAUUUGGUAAAGUCCCUCCCAGAGAGAAUCUUCAAAAAACUUCCAAAAUCAUUCAGCAGGAUUAUGAAGCACGAAAACAGGGAAUGACCUGUAAAGCCACCACCUCGUCUUCAAGACGUAAGAAUUUUGAAUUUGAGCCACUUUCUACUUACUGCCCUGAUCUUGAGGAUCGACCAUCAAAUCUUCCUGCUAAAUCUGUGGAAGAAGCUUUACGUCACCGACAAGAAUACGAUGAGAUGGUGGCUGAGGCCAAAAAACGAGAAAUUAAAGAAGCACAUAAAAGAAAAAGAAUAAUGAAAGAACGAUUUAAACAGGAAGAAAACAUUGCAAGUGCAAUGGUAAUUUGGAUCAAUGAAAUACUACCCAACUGGGAAGUAAUGCGUAGUACGAGAAGAGUUCGAGAAUUGUGGUGGCAGGGAUUGCCCCCUAGUGUUCGUGGAAAAGUUUGGAGUCUAGCUGUAGGAAAUGAACUAAAUAUCACUCCUGAACUUUAUGAGAUCUUCCUUUCAAGAGCAAAAGAACGAUGGAAAAGCUUCAGUGAAACAAGUUCAGAUAAUGAUAUAGAAGGUAUAUCUGUUGCUGACCGAGAGGCCAGUCUGGAAUUAAUUAAGUUGGACAUAUCCCGUACAUUUCCAUCUCUCUACAUCUUUCAGAAGGGUGGCCCAUAUCACGAUCUUUUACAUAGUAUCUUAGGGGCUUAUACAUGUUACAGACCUGAUGUUGGUUACGUCCAAGGGAUGUCCUUUAUUGCAGCAGUACUCAUUCUCAAUUUGGAAGAGGCAGAUGCCUUCAUUGCAUUUGCAAAUCUCCUGAAUAAACCAUGCCAGUUGGCCUUCUUCCGUGUAGAUCACAGCAUGAUGUUGAAAUAUUUUGCAACAUUUGAAGUAUUCUUUGAAGAAAACCUGUCCAAGUUAUUUCUUCAUUUUAAGUCUUAUAGUCUUACACCAGAUAUAUACCUGAUAGACUGGAUCUUCACACUAUAUAGCAAAUCACUACCACUUGAUCUGGCUUGUCGAGUCUGGGAUGUAUUUUGCAGAGAUGGGGAGGAAUUUUUAUUUAGGACUGUAGGAAUCCUCCGGUUGUAUGAAGAUAUUCUCCUACAGAUGGACUUUAUUCAUAUAGCACAGUUUCUAACUAAAUUGCCAGAAGAUAUCACAUCAGAAAAGCUGUUCAGCUGUAUUGCAGCCAUUCAGAUGCAGAAUAGCACCAAAAAAUGGACUCAGGUCUUUGCAUCUGUAAUGAAGGAUAUUAAAGAAGGAGAAAAGAACAGCAGUCCUGCUCUGAAAAGUUAAUCUUCAAAAUUAACAGACUAACUGUAAUAUAAUGUUUUGGGGGUAAAAGUUUUCUGUUAUGUAAAAAGCAUGGAAGAAAAUAGAGAAAUCUGAAAGAAUCAAGAGGUGAAAAACUGCUGAUUUAAAAUUCCAAGGCUAAAGUAAAUGAAAUAAUUUAUUGACAGUAUUAAUAAAAAGGUAUUUUGUAGGGUGAGCCAUUUUUCAGAGGAAAAAGUUUAAAUGGCUGUUUCAUACUCCAUAAUUUGGAGUGAAUAAGUUAAUGCAAUAAAUUUUUUAAAUAGCUUCAGAGAUACUUCAAUUUUUUACAUCUUUUGUUUUCUAACAGUUACGACAAAGGCACUUUCAAGGUCAGAGUGGAAUUGUUAAAUACUACUCUAAUCACCAAAAUGCUAUAGUAUAGACAUUAUCUCCAGAUCUGAGUUUUUGAAGAUAUUGUAGAGUGAGAAUAAGCAGCUUUGGUUGUAAAAUGUUUGUCACUGAGGUUCCUGUUUGUCUUCAUUUAUACGUUGGGAAAAAUGUGAGUUAUCUGGGAACUGGAAACCUGGUGGGAGAUGGUUUCUUGUUUGUUUAAGAUGUUUUCCCUUAGUGUACUGUCUAUUUGUUUUUGAGGGGAAGUUCUUGUUCUUAAGGAAUUCCUAUCACUGCAAAAAUUUUAGCCUUUUUGUUUCUAGUCUAACAGAUUGUUCACAUUGUAAUUUAACAUUAAAUAAAUAACUGGUAGAAUGAAAGUUCUUUUUGCACUUUAGUGAACUGAAGACGUAACUUUGGGAGCAAGUUAAAAAAUAUAAAUGAGAGUUAACUUCACUGGUAAGAAUAAAAAGUAAGGAAUUCUGAGAGGUUUUAAAUAGCAUAGUACUUGACAAGAUUUUAAAUUCUUUUAGUUAAAAUUCCUCCUCUGUCUGUAGAAACAAAAUUUGUUAAUUCCAGUUUGAAAUUUGAAAUCUUAUAUGUUGCUAAGGCCAUGACUUGUAAAACAAUAUGCAUAUUUUUUUAAUCAGUGGAAAUAAGAGUAAAAGAAAAAGGUAAAAUUAAUUUUUUGAGUCUGAUGGCACAGCAGAUAAAGUAAUUAUUAAUCAUUGGUAAAUUGGCAUUUAAUUUUUGAACCUAAACUAAAUCAUUUGAAUGUUAUGAGUGAUAUCUGUAUGACAUACUAUUUGACUGUAAUAUUAGUUUGUAGUGUUUUAUGUUGCAGUUUGGUUUGAAACAUUUAAGCACAUCAUUUCUGUUAGUGGUAUAUGUAUAGUCUUCAAACUAACAAGCCUGAGAUCCUUGUUAGUGUAGUGACUGCCUCUUUAGGAGUAUGGGACCAAAGGGUGCCCAUAUAUUUUUACCCUAUGGGUCAUUCUAGCCUAGGGACUACUAGUGGAACCCUCAGAAGUUAACUCCUGUCAUAGGGGCUGGCUUAGUGGAAACUGGUAGUGUAAUAAAAUAUUGAGGAGAGUAUCCAGGGUCUUAAUAGGUUAGGUUGACCUUUUAACUCUGGUAACUAUUUCCUUGGUAUUAGUGUCCCUGAUAGAGGGAAUGUAACCUCUGGCAGUAAUCUCAUUGAGGUUUUACUACCUGCCUAUAUUUAAUAUUACUUUUAUGUAUUUGUUUCCUGAGGUGGGCCUAAGUUACUGUAUUUCUUUUUCUUAUUUUUUUAUGAUUGUACAGUUUCUUUACCUUUUAAGUAUAACUGUGUAUAUAAAAUGUAUAUACAAGGAAUUCACUAAAAACCACUAGCAACAAUUACUAUGUAAAUAAAACUUUUAAGCAGAGUUAUAACUUGAAAUGAGUGCUUAUUAUUUUUGAGAUACCUAAUUUAGUAAACUGCAUCUGGAAUAGGAAUAUACUUUUUUGGGGGAGGGAGGGUAUCAGAUUUCUCUUCCAAAGAAUGCAAUAAGCCUCAGUCUUUAGAGACUUUCAGUACUGGCAGUUAAA